AUGUCUAUGCUUCUUUGUCUCAUCUAUAUCUCCUCAGUCCUCUGCUGUGCUCGGUUAUCCAUUAUAAUUCUGCCUCGGCAAUCUGCCCUGUUCUGUUAUACAUUCUUCUUCAGACUCAGAACUCUGCCCGGCACUGUUAUUCUAUCUUUUUCAGCCUCAGCACUCUGUCUUACUCUGUUAUCUUUUCUUUUUCAGCAUCAGCAUUCUGCCCUACACUGUUAUUUUUUUUCUUUUUCAGCCUCAGCAGUCUGCCCUACUCAGUUAUCUUUUCUUCUUCAGCCUCAGCACUCUGACCUGCUGUAUUCUUCUUUCUUCUUCAGCCUCAGCACUCUGCCCUACACUGUUAUCCUUACUUCUUCAGCCUCAGCAUUCUGCUCUGCUCUGUUAUCCACUAUUUUUCUGCCUCAGCCCUCUGCCCUGCUCUGUUAUCAUUUCUUCUUCAGCCUCAGCCCUCUGCGCUGCUCUAUUAUCAUUUCAUCUUCAGGCUCAGUCCUCUGCUCUGCUCUGUUAUUCUUUCCUCUUCAGCCUCAGCCCUCUGCCCUGCUCUGUUAUCCUUUCUUCUUCAGCCUCUGCACUCUGCCUGCUCUGUUAUCCUUUCUUCUUCAGCCUCAGCCCUCUGCCCUGUUCUGUUAUCCUUUCUUCUUCAGCCUCAGACCUCUUCCCUGCUCUGUUAACCUUUCCUUUGUUAGCCUCAGCACUCUGCCCUGCUCUGUUAUCCAAAAUUCUUCUGUCUCUGCCAUCAGUCCUGCUCUAUUAUCCUUACUUCUUCAGCCUCAGCACUCUGCCUUGCUCUGUUAUCUUUUCUUAUUCAGCCUCAUCACUCUGCUCUUUCUUAUUCUUUCUUCUUCAGUCACAACCCUGUGCUCUGCUCUGUUAUUCUUUCUUCUUCAGCCUCAACCCUCUGAUCUGCUCUCUUAUUCUUUCUUUUUCAGCCUCAGCUCUCAGCUCUGCUGUUAUUCUUUCUUCUUCAGCCUCAGCCCACUGCUCUGCUCUCCCUCUGAUCUGCUCUGCUCUGUUAUUCUUUCUUCUUCAACCUCAGCCCUCUCCUUUGCUCUGUUUUUCUUUCUUUUCAGCCUUAGCCCUUUGCUCUGCUCUGUUAUUGUUUCUUAUGCAGCCUCAACCCUCUGCUCUGCUCUGGUAUUUUUCUUCUUCAGCCUCAGCCCUCUGCUCUGCUCUGUUUUUCUUUCUUUUUUCAGCCUCUCUGUAUCCCAUCUGCCUUUCUUUUAUUUUAUUCUUCAGUCUCAACCCUCUGCCCUGCUCUGUUAUCUUUCUUCUUCAGCCUCCACCCUCUGCCCUGCUCUGUUAUCUUUUCUUCUUCAGCCUCAGCCCUCUGUUAUCCACUGUUCUUCGGCUCUUUUUUCUGCACUUUAUCCACUCAUUGCCCUCUGCUCUGAUGUGUUAUUCUUUCUUCUUCAGCCCUUCUUCUGUUAUUCUUUCUUCCUCAGCCUCCGCCUUGCUCUCAGUUCUUCGGCCUCCUCUAUCCAUAUUGCCUCAACCCCUGUGCCCCGAUCUGUUUUCUUCUUCAGCCUCAGCCCUGCUUUGCUCUGUUAUUCUUUCUUCCUCCGCCUCCUUGCUCUGUUAUCACUGUUCUUUGGCCUCUGCCAUCAGUCCUGCACUGUUAUCCACUAUUCAUUGGCCUCAGCCCUCUGCCCCGAUCUGUUAUGCUAUCUUCUUCAGCCUCAACCCUCUGCUUUCCUCUGUUAUUCUUUCUUCCUCAGCACUCCGCCUUGCUCUGUUAUCCCUGUUCUUCGGCCUCUGCCAUCAGUCCUGCACUGUUAUCCACUAUUCAUUGGCCUCAGCCCCUCUGCCCCGAUCUGUUAUGCUAUCUUCUUCAGCCUCAGCCCUCAGCUUUGCUCUGUUAUUCUUUCUUCCUCAGCACUCCCGCCUUGCUCUGUUAUCCACUGUUCUUCGGCCUCUGCCAUCAGUCCUGCACUGUUAUCCACUAUUCAUUGGCCUCAGCCCUCUCUUUUGAUCUGUUAUGCUAUCUUCUUCAGCCUCAGCCCUCCGCUUUGCUCUGUUAUUCUUUUCUUCCUCAGCACUCCGCCUUGCUCUGUUAUCCACUGUUCUUCGGCCUCUGCCAUCAGUCCUGCACUGUUAUCCACUAUUCAUUGGCCUCAGCCCUCUGCCCCGAUCUGUUAUGCUAUCUUCUUCAGCCUCAGCCCUCGGCUUUGCUCUGUUAUUCUUUCUUCCUCAGCCUCAGCCCCGCCUUGCUCUGUUAUCCACUGUUCUUCGGCCUCUGCCAUCAGUCCUGCACUGUUAUCCACUAUUCAUUGGCCUCAGCCCUCUGCCCCGAUCUGUUAUGCUAUCUUCUUCAGCCUCAGCCCCUCUGCUUUGCUCUGUUAUUCUUUCUUCCUCAGCACUCCGCCUUGCUCUGUUAUCCACUGUUCUUCGGCCUCUGCCAUCAGUCCUGCACUGUUAUCCACUAUUCAUUGGCCUCAGCCCUCUGCCCCGAUCUGUUAUGCUAUCUUCUUCAGCCUCAGCCCUCGGCUUUGCUCUGUUAUUCUUUCUUCCUCAGCACUCCGCCUUGCUCUGUUAUCCACUGUUCUUCGGCCUCUGCCAUCAGUCCUGCACUGUUAUCCACUAUUCAUUGGCCUCAGCCCUCUGCCCGGAUCUGUUAUGCUAUCUUCUUCAGCCUCAGCCCUCGGCUUUGCUCUGUUAUUCUUUCUUCCUCAGCACUCCCUUGCUCUGUUAUCCACUGUUCUUCGGCCUCUGCCAUCAGUCCUGCACUGUUAUCCACUAUUCAUUGGCCUCAGCCCUCUGCCCCGAUCUGUUAUGCUAUCUUCUUCAGCCUCAGCCCUCUGCUUUGCUCUGUUAUUCUUUCUUCCUCAGCACUCCGCCUUGCUCUGUUAUCCACUGUUCUUCGGCCUCUGCCAUCAGUCCUGCACUGUUAUCCACUAUUCAUUGGCCUCAGCCCUCUGCCCCGAUCUGUUAUGCUAUCUUCUUCAGCCUCAGCCCUCGGCUUUGCUCUGUUAUUCUUUCUUCCUCAGCACUCCGCCUUGCUCUGUUAUCCACUGUUCUUCGGCCUCUGCCAUCAGUCCUGCACUGUUAUCCACUAUUCAUUGGCCUCAGCCCUCUGCCCCGAUCUGUUAUGCUAUCUUCUUCAGCCUCAGCCCUCGGCUUUGCUCUGUUAUUCUUUCUUCCUCAGCACUCCGCCUUGCUCUGUUAUCCACUGUUCUUCGGCCUCUGCCAUCAGUCCUGCACUGUUAUCCACUAUUCAUUGGCCUCAGCCCUCUGCCCCGAUCUGUUAUGCUAUCUUCUUCAGCCUCAGCCCUCAGCUCUGCUCUGUUAUUCUUUCUUCCUCAGCACUCCGCCUUGCUCUGUUAUCCACUGUUCUUCGGCCUCUGCCAUCAGUCCUGCACUGUUAUCCACUAUUCAUUGGCCUCAGCCCUCUGCCCCGAUCUGUUAUGCUAUCUUCUUCAGCCUCAGCCCUCUGCUUUGCUCUGUUAUUCUUUCUUCCUCAGCACUCCGCCUUGCUCUGUUAUCCACUGUUCUUCGGCCUCUGCCAUCAGUCCUGCACUGUUAUCCACUAUUCAUUGGCCUCAGCCCUCUGCCCCGAUCUGUUAUGCUAUCUUCUUCAGCCUCAGACCUCCGCUCUACUCUGUUAUUCUUUCUUCCUCAGCACUCCGCCUUGCUCUGUUAUCCACUGUUCUUCGGCCUCUGCCAUCAGUCCUGCACUGUUAUCCACUAUUCAUUGGCCUCAGCCCUCUGCCCCGAUCUGUUAUGCUAUCUUCUUCAGCCUCAGCCCCUCGGCUGCUCUGUUAUUCUUUCUUCCUCAGCACUCCGCCUUGCUCUGUUAUCCACUGUUCUUCGGCCUCUGCCAUCAGUCCUGCACUGUUAUCCACUAUUCAUUGGCCUCAGCCCUCUGCCCCGAUCUGUUAUCAGCUAUCUUCUUCAUUGGCCUCAGCCCUCUGCUUUGCUCUGUUAUUCUUUCUUCCUCAGCACUCCGCCUUGCUCUGUUAUCCACUGUUCUUCGGCCUCUGCCAUCAGUCCUGCACUGUUAUCCACUAUUCAUUGGCCUCAGCCCUCUGCCCCGAUCUGUUAUGCUAUCUUCUUCAGCCUCAGCCUCUAUUUUGCUCUGUUAUUCUCUUUCUUCCUCAGCACUCCGCCUUGCUCUCCUCAGCCCUCGGCCUCUGUUAUUCUUUCUUCCUCAGCACUCCGCCUUGCUCUAUUAUCCACUGUUCUUCGGCCUCUGCCAUCAGUCCUGCACUGUUAUCCCUAUUCAUUGGCCUCAGCCUCUGCCCCGAUCUGUUAUGCUGUCUUCUUCAGCCUCAGCCCUCGGCUUUGCUCUGUUAUUCUUUCUUCCUCAGCACUCCGCCUUGCUCUGUUAUCCACUGUUCUUCGGCCUCUGCCAUCAGUCCUGCACUGUUAUCCACUAUUCAUUGGCCUCAGCCCCUCUGCCCCGAUCUGUUAUACUGUCUUCUUCAGCCUCAGCCCUCGGCUUUUCCUCUGUUAUUCUUUCUUCCUCAGCACUCCGCCUUGCUCUCCCUCGCUUUCCCUCUUUUAUUCUUUCUUCCUCAGCACCUGCCUGUUUGCUCUGUUAUCCACUGUUCUUCGGCCUCUGCCAUCAGUCCUCUGUUAUCCACUAUUCAUUGCCUCAGCCCUCUGCCCUGGAUCUGUUAUGCCUAUCUUCUUCAGCCUCAGCCCCUCGACCUUUCCUCUGUUAUUCUUUCUUCCUCAGCCUCCGUCCUUGCUCUGUUAUCCACUGUUCUUCGCCUCUGCCAUCAGUCCUGCACUGUUAUCCACUAUUCAUUAGCCUCAGCCCUCUGCCCCGAUCUGUUAUGCUAUCUUCUUCAGCCUCAGCCCUCUGCUUUGCUCUGUUAUUCUUUCUUCCUCAGCACUCCGCCUUGCUCUGUUAUCCACUGUUCUUCGGCCUCUGCCAUCAGUCCUGCACUGUUAUCCACUAUUCAUUGGCCUCAGCCCUCUGCCCCGAUCUGUUGCUAUCUUCUUCAGCCUCAGCCCUCAGCUUUCCUCUGUUAUUCUUUCUUCCUCAACACUCCGCCUUGCUCUGUUAUCCACUGUUCUUCGGCCUCUGCCAUCAGUCCUGCACUGUUAUCCACUAUUCAUUGGCCUCAGCCCUCUGCCCCUGAUCUGUUAUGCUAUCUUCUUCAGCCUCAGCCCUCUGCUUUGCUCUGUUAUUCUUUCUUCCUCAGCACUCCUUUCCUUGCUCUGUUAUCCACUCCUCAGCCCUCUGCUUUGCUCUGUUAUUCUUUCUUCCUCAGCACUCCUGCCUUGCUCCUCCUCAGCCCUCAGCUUUGCUCUGUUAUUCUUUUCUUCCUCAGCACUCCCGCCUUGCUCUGUUAUCCACUGUUCUUCGGCCUCUGCCAUCAGUCCUGCACUGUUAUCCACUAUUCAUUGGCCUCAGCCCUCUGCCCCGAUCUGUUAUGCUAUCUUCUUCAGCCUCAGCCCUCGGCUUUCCUCUGUUAUUCUUUCUUCCUCAGCACUCCGCCUUGCUCUGUUAUCCACUGUUCUUCGGCCUCUGCCAUCAGUCCUGCACUGUUAUCCACUAUUCAUUGGCCUCAGCCCUCUGCCCCGAUCUGUUAUGCUAUCUUCUUCAGCCUCAGCCCUCGGCUUUCCUCUGUUAUUCUUUUCUUCCUCUGCCACAGUCCUUGCUCUGUUAUCCACUGUUCUUCAGCCUCUGCCAUCAGUCCUGCAGCCUGCUUUUAUCCACUUUAUUCAUUGGCCUCUGCCCUCUACCCCCGAUCUCCACUUUAUGCUAUCUUCUUCAGCCUCAGCCCUCAGCUUUCCCUCUGUUAUUCUUUCUUCCUCAGCACUCCGCCUUGCUCUGUUAUCCACUGUUCUUCGGCCUCUGCCAUCAGUCCUGCACUGUUAUCCACUAUUCAUUGGCCUCAGCCCUCUGCCCCGAUCUGUUAUGCUAUCUUCUUCAGCCUCAGACCUCCGCUCUACUCUGUUAUUCUUUCUUCCUCAGCACUCCGCCUUGCUCUGUUAUCCACUGUUCUUCGGCCUCUGCCAUCAGUCCUGCACUGUUAUCCACUAUUCAUUGGCCUCAGCCCUCUGCCCCGAUCUGUUAUGCUAUCUUCUUCAGCCUCAGACCUCGGCUUUCCUCUGUUAUUCUUUCUUCCUCAGCACUCCGCCUUGCUCUGUUAUCCACUGUUCUUCGGCCUCUGCCAUCAGUCCUGCACUGUUAUCCACUAUUCAUUGGCCUCAGCCCUCUGCCCCGAUCUGUUAUGCUAUCUUCUUCAGCCUCAGACCUCCGCUCUACUCUGUUAUUCUUUUUCUUCCCGCCUUUUCCUCAUCCACUGUUCUUCGGCCUCUGCCAUCAGUCCUCUGUUAUCCACUAUUCAUUGGCCUCAGCCCUCUGCCCCCUGUUAUCAUCUUCUUCCAGCCUCAGCCCUCGGCUUUCCUCUGUUAUUCUUUUCUUCCUCAGCACUCCGCCUUCUCUGUUAUCCACUGUUCUUCGGCCUCUGCCAUCAGUCUGCCCUGUUAUCCACUAUUCAUUGGUGCCCUCUUCUGUUAUGCUAUCUUCUUCAGCCUCAGCCUCGGCUUUCCUCUGUUAUUCUUUCUUCCUCAGCACUCCCGCCUUGCUCUGUUAUCCACUGUUCUUCGGCCUCUGCCAUCAGUCCUGCACUGUUAUCCACUAUUCAUUGGCCUCAGCCCUCUGCCCCGAUCUGUUAUGCUAUCUUCUUCAGCCUCAGCCCUCUGCUUUGCUCUGUUAUUCUUUCUUCCUCAGCACUCUGCCUUGCUCUGUUAUCCACUGUUCUUCGGCCUCUGCCAUCAGUCCUGCACUCCUCAGCCCUCGGCUUUCCUCUGUUAUUCUUUUCUUCCUCAGCUCCGCCUUGCUCUGUUAUCCACUGUUCUUCGGCCUCUGCCAUCAGUCCUGCACUGUUAUCCACUAUUCUUGGCCUCAGCCCUCUGCCCCAUCUGUUAUACUAUCUUCUUCAGCCCCCUAUCCUCUAUUCUUUUCCCUCAACCUCCCGCCUUGCUCUGUUAUCCACUGUUCUUCGGCCUCUGCCAUCAGUCCUGCACUGUUAUCCACUAUUCAUUGGCCUCAGCCCUCUGCCCCGAUCUGUUAUACUAUCUUCUUCAGCCUCAGCCCUCGGCUUUGCUCUGUUAUUCUUUCUUCCCUCAGCACUCCGCCUUGCUCUGUUAUCCACUGUUCUUCGGCCUCUGCCAUCAGUCCUGCACUGUCCACUAUUCAUUGGCCUUAGCCCUCUGCCCAUCUGUUAUGCUUCUUCUUCAGCCUCAGCCUCUUUGCUCUGUUAUUCUUUCUUCCUGCCCUUGCUCUGUUAUCCACUGUUCUUCGGCCUCAGUCUGCACUGUUAUCCACUAUUCAUUGGCCUCAGCCCUCUGCUCUGUUAUUCUUCUUCCUUUCCUCUCCUCUAUUACUCUUGCUAUUCUUUCUUUUCUUUCAGCACUCUGCCUUGUUAUCCACUGUUCUUCGGCCUCUGCCAUCAGUCCUGCACUGUUAUCCACUAUUCAUUGGCCUCAGCCCUCUGCCCCCGAUCUGUUAUGCUAUCUUCUUCAGCCUCAGCCCUCAGCUUUGCUCUGUUAUUCUUUCUUCCUCAGCACUCCGCCUUGCUCUGUUAUCCACUGUUCUUCGGCCUCUGCCAUCAGUCCUGCACUGUUAUCCACUCAUUCAUUGGCCUCAGCCCUCUGCCCCGAUCUGUUAUGCUAUCUUCUUCAGCCUCAGCCUCGGCUUUGCUCUGUUAUUCUUUUCUUCCUCCUUUCCCCUUUUGCUCUGUUAUCCACUGUUCUUCGGCCUCUGCCAUCAGUCCUGCACUGUUAUCCACUAUUCAUUGGCCUCAGCCCUCUGCCCCGAUCUGUUAUGCUGUCUUCUUCAGCCUCAGCCCUCGCUUUGCUCUGUUAUUCUUUCUUCCUCAGCACUCCGCCUUGCUCUGUUAUCCACUGUUCUUCGGCCUCUGCCAUCAGUCCUGCACUGUUAUCCACUAUUCAUUGGCCUCAGCCCCUCUGCCCGAUCUGUUAUGCUAUCUUCUUCAGCCUCAGACCUCGGCUUUACUCUGUUAUUCUUUCUUCCUCAGCACUCCGCCUUGCUCUGUUAUCCACUGUUCUUCGGCCUCUGCCAUCAGUCCUGCUGUUAUCCACUAUUCAUUGGCCUCCCCUCUGCCCCUGAUCUGUUAUGCUGUCUUCUUCAGCCUCAGACCUCCUUUCCACUCUGUUAUUCUUUCUUCCUCAGCACUCCGCCUUGCUCUGUUAUCCACUGUUCUUCGGCCUCUGCCAUCAGUCCUGCACUGUUAUCCACUAUUCAUUGGCCUCAGCCUCUGCCCCGAUCUGUUAGCUGUCUUCUUCAGCCUCAGACCUCCGGCUUUACUCUGUUAUUCUUUCUUCUCAGCACUCCGCCUUGCUCUGUUAUCCACUGUUCUUCGGCCUCUGCCAUCAGUCCUGCACUGUUAUCCACUAUUCAUUGGCCUCAGCCCCUCUGCCCCGAUCUGUUAUCAGCUAUCUUCUUCAGCCUCAGCCCUCCGCUUUGCUCUGUUAUUCUUUCUUCCUCAGCACUGCCUUGCUCUGUUAUCCACUGUUCUUCGGCCUCUGCCAUCAGUCCUGCACUGUUAUCCACUAUUCAUUGGCCUCAGCCCUCUGCCCCGAUCUGUUAUGCUAUCUUCUUCCAGCCUCAGCCCUCGCUUUGCUCUGUUAUUCUUUCUUCCUCAGCACUCCGCCUUGCUCUGUUAUCCACUGUUCUUCAGCCUCUGUUAUCCCAUCAGUCCUGCACUGUUAUCUUCACUAUUCAUUGGCCUCAGCCUCUGCUCCUUGUCCCACUGUUCUGUUAGUCCCUGCACUGUUAUCCACUAUUUCUCAGCCCUCUGCCCCAAAUCUCUUUAUACUGUCCUCAGCCUCAACCCUCGCUUUACUCUAUUAUUCUUUCUUCCUCAGCACUCCCUUGCUCUGUUAUCCACUGUUCUUCGGCCUCUGCCAUCAGUCCUGCACUGUUAUCCACUAUUCGGCCCUCAGCCUCUGCCCCGAUCUGUUGUGCUAUCUUCUUCUCAGACCUCUCUACUCUGUUAUUCUUUCUUCCUCAGCUCCCGCCUUGCUCUGUUAUCCACUGUUCUUCGGCCUCUGCCAUCAGUCUGCACUGUUAUCCACUAUUCAUUGGCCUCAGAUCCUCUAUCUUCUUCAGCCUCAGCCCUCAGCUUUGCUUAUUAUUCUUUCUUCCUCAGCACUCCGCCUUGCUCUGUUAUCCACUGUUCUUCGGCCUCUGCCAUCAGUCCUGCACUGUUAUCCACUAUUCAUUGGCCUCAGCCCUCUGCCCCGAUCUGUUAUACUAUCUUCUUCAGCCUCAGACCUCCGCUUUACUCUAUUAUUCUUUCUUCCUCAGCACCUCCCCUUGCUCUGUUAUCCACUGUUCUUCGGCCUCUGUAUCCCAUCAGUCCUGCACUGUUAUCCACUAUUCGCUGCUUGGCCUCUUUCCCCCUCUGCCCCGAUCUGCCUCUAUGUCCUGCACUCUUCUUUUCAGCCUCAGACCUCUGUUAUGCUCUUACUCUGCUUUCCUUCUUUCUUCCUCAGCACUCCGCCUUGCUCUGUUAUCCACUGUUCUUCGCCUCUGCCAUCAGUCCUGCACUGUUAUCCACUAUUCAUUUGCUCAGCCCUCUGCCCCGAUCUGUUUGCUAUCUUCUUCAGCCUCAGCCCUCGGCUUUUGCUCGUUAUUCUUUCUUCCUCAGCACUCCGCCUUGCUCUCUGUUAUCCACUGUUCUUCGGCCUCUGCCAUCAGUCCUGCACUGUUAUCCACUAUUCAUUGGCCUCAGCCCUCUGCCCCGAUCUGUUAUGCUAUCUUCUGGCCUCAGCCCUCCGCUCUGUUAUUCUUUCUUCCUCAGCACUCCGCCUUGCUCUGUUAUCCACUGUUCUUCGGCCUCUGCCAUCAGUCCUGCACUGUUAUCCACUAUUCAUUGGCCUCAGCCCUCUGCCCCUGAUCUGUUAUGCUAUCUUCUUCAGCCUCAGCCCUCGGCUUUGCUCUGUUAUUCUUUCUUCCUCUCCGCCUUGCUCUGUUAUCCACUGUUCUUCGGCCCCCUGCCAUCAGUCCUGCUGUUAUCCACUAUUCAUUGGCCUCAGCCCUCUGCCCCGAUCUGUUAUGCUGUCUUCUUCAGCCUCCUUCAGACCUCCGCUUUCUCUGUUAUUCUUUCUUCCUCAGCACUCCGCCUUGCUCUGUUAUCCACUGUUCUUCGGCCUCUGCCAUCAGUCCUGCACUGUUAUCCACUAUUCAUUGGCCUCAGCCUCUACCCCGAUCUGUUAUGCUAUCUUCUUCAGCCUCAGCCCUCCGCUUACUCUGUUAUUCUCUUCCUCAGCACUCCGCCUUGCUCUGUUAUCCACUGUUCUUCGGCCUCUGCCAUCAGUCCUGCACUGUUAUCCACUAUUCAUUGGCCUCAGCCCUCUGCCCCGAUCUGUUAUGCUAUCUUCUUCAGCCUCAGCCCUCUGCUUUGCUCUGUUAUUCUUUCUUCCUCAGCACUCCGCCUUGCUCUGUUAUCCACUGUUCUUCGGCCUCUGCCAUCAGUCCUGCACUGUUAUCCACUAUUCAUUGGCCUCAGCCCUCUGCCCCGAUCUGUUAUGCUGUCUUCUUCAGCCUCAGACCUCUGCUUUCUCUGUUAUUCUUUCUUCCUCAGCACUCCGCCUUGCUCUGUUAUCCACUGUUCUUCGGCCUCUGCCAUCAGUCCUGCACUGUUAUCCACUAUUCAUUGGCCUCAGCCCUCUGCCCCGAUCUGUUAUGCUAUCUUCUUCUCAGCCCUCAGCUUUCCUCUUUUAUUCUUUCUUCCUCAACACUCCGCCUCUGUCUGUUAUCCACUGUUCUUUCCUCUGCCGUCAGUCCUGCACUGUUAUCCUUCAUUGGCCUCAGCCCUCUGCCCCGAUCUGUUAUGUUCUUCAGCCUCAGCCCUCAGCUUUCCUCUGUUAUUCUUUCUUCCUCAGCACUCCUUGCUUGCUAUUUAUCCACUGUUCUUUGGCCUCUGCCAUCAGUCCUGCACUGUUAUCCACUAUUCGUGGCCUCAGCCUCUGCCCCUGAUCUGUUAUGCUAUCUUCUUCAGCCUCAGCCCUCUGCUUUGCUCUUUUAUUCUUUCUUCCUCAGCACUCCGCCUUGCUCUGUUAUCCACUGUUCUUCGUCCUCUGCCAUCAUUGGUCCUGCACUGUUAUCCACUAUUCAUUGGCCUCAGCCCCUUUGCCCCGCCAUCAUCUGUUAUACUGUCUUCUUCACCCCUCAUGCCCUCAGACCUUUACUCUGUUAUUCUUUCUUCCUCAGCACUCCCGCCUUGCUCUGUUAUCCACUGUUCUUCGGCCUCUGCCAUCAGUCCUGCACUGUUAUCCACUAUUCAUUGGCCUCAGCCCUCUGCCCCGAUCUGUUAUGCUAUCUUCUUCAGCCUCACCCUGCUUUGCUCUGUUAUUCUUUCUUCCUCAGCACUCCCGCCUUGCUCUGUUAUCCUCUGUUCUUCGGCCUCUGCCAUCAGUCACCACUGUUAUCCACUAUUCAUUUUCCUCUGCCCGAUCUGUUAUGCUAUCUUCUUUCAGCCUCAGCCUCUGCUUUGCUCUGUUAUUCUUUCUUUCCUCAGCACUCUUGCUCUAUCCACUGUUCUUCGGCCUCUGCCAUCAGUCCUGCACUGUUAUCCACUAUUCAUUGGCCUCAGCCUCUGCCCCGAUCUGUUAUGCUGUCUUCUUCAGCCUCAGCCCUCAGCUUUCUCUCUGUUAUUCUUUCUUCCUCAGCACUGCCUUGCUCUGUUAUCCACUGUUCUUUCGGCCUCUGCCAUCAGUCCUGCACUGUUAUCCACUAUUCAUUGGCCUCAGCCCUCUGCCCCGAUCUGUUAUGCUAUCUUCUUCAGCCUCAGCCCUCGCUUUCCUCUGUUAUUCUUUCUUCCUCAGCACUCCACCUUGCUCUGUUAUCCACUGUUCUUCGGCCUCUGCCAUCAGUCCUACUGUUAUCCACUAUUCAUUGGCCUCAGCCCUCUGCCCCGAUCUGUUAUGCUAUCUUCUUCAGCCUCAGCCCUCUGCUUUGCUCUGUUAUUCUUUCUUCCUCAGCACUCCGCCUUGCUCUGUUAUCCACUGUUCUUCGGCCUCUGCCAUCAGUCCUGCACUGUUAUCCACUAUUCAUUGGCCUCAACCCUCUGCCCCGUCUGUUAUGCUAUCUUCUUCAGCCUCAGCCUCUGCUUUUUGCUCUAUUAUUCUUUCUUCCUCAGCACUCCCGCCUUGCUCUGUUAUCCACUGUUCUUCGGCCUCUGCCAUCAGUCCUGCACUGUUAUCCACUAUUCAUUGGCCUCAGCCCUCUGCCCCGAUCUGUUAUGCUCUUCUUCAGCCUCAGCCCUCUGCUUUGCUCUGUUAUUCUUUCUUCCUCAGCACUCCGCCUUGCUCUGUUAUCCACUGUUCUUCGGCCUCUGCCAUCAGUCCUGCACUGUUAUCCACUAUUCAUUGGCCUCAGCCCUCUGCCCCGUUAUCUGUCUUCGGCUUUGCUCUGUAUUCCUUUUCAGCCCCUCUGCCAUUUCCUCUGUUAUUCUUUCUUCCUUCUCCAGCCUCAGCCCUCUGCUCCCUCAACACUCCGCCUUUCGGCCUCUGCCAUCAGUCCUCUGUUAUUCUAUUCAUUGGCCUCAGCCCCUCUGCCCUGAUAUUCUUUCUUCUAUCUUCUUUUCACUGUUCUUCAGACCUCAGCUUUCCUCUGUUAGCCUCUGCCUUCUUUCUUCCUCAGCACUCCUGCUCUGUUAUUCUUUCUUCCUCUGCCUCCUCUGUCCACUGUUCUUCGGCCUCUGCCAUCAGUCCUGCACUGUUAUCCCACUAUUCAUUGGCCCCUCUGCCCUCUGUUAUACCCUCUGCCCCGAUUCUGUUAUACUGUCUUCUUCAGCCUCAACCCCUCGGCUUUGCUCUGUUAUUCUUUCUUCCUCAGCACUCCCGCCUUGCUCUGUUAUCCACUGUUCUUCGGCCUCUGCCAUCAGUCCUGCACUGUUAUCCACUAUUCAUUGGCCUCAACCCUCUGCCCUGAUCUGUUAUGCUGUCUUCUUCAGCCUCAGCCCUCGGCUUUCCUCUGUUAUUCUUUCUUCCUCAGCACUCCCGCCUUGCUCUGUUAUCCACUGUUCUUCGGCCUCUGCCAUCAGUCCUGCACUGUUAUCCACUAUUCAUUGGCCUCAGCCUCUGCCCCGAUCUGUUAUGCUAUCUUCUUCAGCCUCAGCCCUCUGCUUUGCUCUGUUAUUCUUUCUUCCUCAGCACUCCCGCCUUGCUCUGUUAUCCACUGUUCUUCGGCCUCUGCCAUCAGUCCUGCACUCCUCAGCCCUCGCUUUCUCUGUUAUUCUUUCUUCCUCAGCACUCCCGCCUUGCUCUGUUAUCCACUGUUCUUCGGCCUCUGCCAUCAGUCUGCACUGUUAUCCACUAUUCAUUGGCCUCAGCCUCUGCCCUGAUCUGUUAUGCUAUCUUCUUCAGCCUCAACCCUCGGCUUUGCUCUGUUCUUUCUUUUCUUCCUCAGCACUGUUCUUCGGCCUUGCUCUGUUAUCCACUGUUCUUCGCCCUCUGCCCCCAUCAGUCCUUGCCUCACUGUUUUCCACUAUUCAUUGGCCCUCUGCCCUGUUCUUGCCCAUCAGUGAUCUGUUAUUGCCUCAUCUUCUUCUAUCUUCUCAGACCUCUGCUUUGCUCUGUUAUUCUUUCUUCCUCAGCACUCCACCUUGCUCUGUUAUCCACUGUUCUUCGGCCUCUGCCAUCAGUCCUGCACUGUUAUCCACUAUUCAUUGGCCUCACCCUCUGCCCCAAUCUGUUAUGCUAUCUUCUUCAGCCUCAGACCCUCGGCUUUCCUCUUGCUUAUUCUUUCUUCCUCAGCACUCCGCCUUGCUCUGUUAUCCACUGUUCUUUGCCUCUGCCAUCAGUCCUGCACUGUUAUCCACUAUUCAUUGGCCUCAACCCCUCUGCCCCGGAUCUGUUAUGCUAUCUUCUUCAGCCUCAGCCCUCGGCUUUCCUCUGUUAUUCUUUUCUUCCUCACCUCACUCCUUGCUCUGUUAUCCCACUGUUCUUCGGCCUCUGCCAUCAGUCCUGCACUGUUAUCCACUAUUCAUUGGCCUCAGCCCUCUCUGCCCCCGAUCUGUUAUGCUAUCUUCUUCAGCCUCAACCCUCAGCUUUGCUCUGUAUUCUUUCUUCCUCAGCACUCCGCCUUGCUCUGUUUAUCCACUGUUCUUCGGCCUCUGCCAUCAGUCCUGCACUGUUAUCCACUAUUCAUUGGCCUCAGCCCUCUGCCCCGAUCUGUUAUACUGUCUUCUUCAGCCUCAGCCCUCGGCUUUCCUCUGUUAUUCUUUCUUCCUCAGCCUCCCGCCUUGCUCUGUUAUCCACUGUUCUUCGGCCUCUGCCAUCAGUCCUGCACUGUUAUCCACUAUUCAUUGGCCUCAGCCCUCUGCCCCGAUCUGUUGCUAUCUUCUUCAGCCUCAGCCUCAGCUUUCCUCUGUUAUUCUUUCUUCCUCAGCACUCCCUUGCUCUGUUAUCCACUGUUCUUCGGCCUCUGCCAUCAGUCCUGCACUGUUAUCCACUAUUCAUUGGCCUCAACCUCUGCCCCGAUCUGUUAUACUAUCUUCUUCAGCCUCAGCCCUCGGCUUUGCUCUGUUAUUCUUUCUUCCUCAGCACUUCUCUGUUAUCCACUGUUCUUCGGCCUCUGCCAUCAGUCCUGCACUGUUAUCCACUAUUCAUUGGCCUCAGCCCUCUGCCCCGAUCUGUUAUCCUUAUCUUCUUCAGCCUCAGACCUCAGCUUUCUCUGUUAUUCUUUCUUCCUCAACCUCCGCCUUGCUCUGUUAUCCACUGUUCUUCGGCCUCUGCCAUCAGUCCUGCACUGUUAUCCACUAUUCAUUAGCCUCAGCCUCUGCCCCUGAUCUGUUAUACUAUCUUCUUCAGCCUCAGCCCUCUGCUUUGCUCUUUAUUCCCUCCCGCCUUGCUCUGUUAUCCACUGUUCUUCGGCCUCUGCCAUCAGUCCUGCACUGUUAUCAUUCCUUGCCCUCUGCCCCAAUCUGUUAUGCUAUCUUCUUUGCCUCAGCCUCGGCUUUGCUCUGUUAUUCUUUCCUUCCUCCCACCUUGCUCUGUUAUCCACUGUUCUUCGGCCUCUGCCAUCAGUCCUGCACUGUUAUCCACUAUUCAUUGGCCUCAACCCUCUCUGCCCCUGAUCUGUUAUGCUAUCUUCUUCAGCCUCAGCCCUCUGCUUUGCUCUGUUAUUCUUUCUUCCUCAGCACUCCCCUUGCUCUGUUAUCCACUGUUCUUCGGCCUCUGCCAUCAGUCCUGCACUGUUAUCCACUAUUCAUUGGCCUCUGCCCUCUGCCCCGAUCUGUUUUUUAUGCUGUCUUCUUCAGCCUCUUCCCUCGGCUUUUCUCUUUUAUUCUUUUCUUCCUCAGCACUCGCCUUGCUCUGUUAUCCACUGUUCUUCUUGGCCUCUGCCAUCAGUCCUGCACUCCUCCACUAUUCAUUGGCCUCAGCCCUCUGCCCCCGAUCUGUUAUGCUAUCUUCUUCAGCCUCUCAGCCCUCGCUUUCCUCUGUUAUUCUUUCUUCCUCAGCACUCUGCCUUGCUCUGUUAUCCACUGUUCUUCGGCCUCUGCCAUCAGUCCUGCACUGUUAUCCACUAUUCAUUGGCCUCCCCCUCUGCCCCGAUCUGUUAUGCUAUCUUCUUCAGCCUCAACCCUCUGCUUUCCUCUUGUUAUUCUUUCUUCCUCAGCACUCCGCCUUGCUCUGUUAUCCACUGUUCUUCGGCCUCUGCCAUCAGUCCUGCACUGUUAUCCACUAUUCAUGGCCUCAGCCCUCUGCCCCAUCUGUUAUGCUAUCUUCUUCAGCCUCAGCCCUCAGCUUUGCUCUGUUAUUCUUUCUUCCUCAGCCUGCCCUCUGUUAUCCACUGUUCUUCGGCCUCUGCCAUCAGUUGCACUGUUAUCCACUAUUCAUUGGCCUCAACCCUCUGCCCUGAUCUGUUAUACUCUUUUCAGCCUCAGCCCUCGGCUUUGCUCUGUUAUUCUUUCUUCCCAGCACUCGCCUUGCUCUGUUAUCCACUGUUCUUCGGCCUCUGCCAUCAGUCCCUGCACUGUUAUCCACUAUUCAUUGGCCUCAGCCCUCUGCCCCGUCUGUUAUGCUAUCUUCUUUCAGACCUCCGCUCUUUCCUCUGCCUCAGACCUCUGUUAUCCACUCUUGGCCCCUCUGCCAUCAGUCCUUAUUCUUUCUUCCUCAGCCCUCUGCUCCCGAUCUGUUUGCUCUCUUCAGCCUCAGCCCCUGCUUUUCUUCGGCCUCUGCCAUCAGUCCUGCACUGUUAUCCACUAUUCAUUGGCCUCAGCCCUCUGCCCCGAUCUGUUAUGCUAUCUUCUUCAGCCUCAGCCCUCCCUUUGCUCUGUUAUUCUUUCUUCCUCAGCACUCCGCCUUGCUCUGUUAUCCACUGUUCUUCGGCCUCUGCCAUCAGUCCUGCACUGUUAUCCACUAUUCAUUGGCCUCAGCCCUCUGCCCCGAUCUGUUAUGCUAUCUUCUUUGGCCUCAGCCUCCACUCCUCUGUUAUUCUUUCUUCCUCAGCACUCCGCCUUGCUCUGUUUAUCCACUGUUCUUCGGCCUCUGCCAUCAGUCCUGCACUGUUAUCCACUAUUCAUUGGCCUCAACCCUCUGCCCCGAUCUGUUAUCUGUCUUCUUUCCUCAGCCCUGCUUUGCUCUGUUAUUCUUUCUUCCUCAGCUCUCCUUGCUCUGUUAUCCUCCCUGUUCUUCGGCCUCUGCCAUCAGUCCUGCACUGUUAUCCACUAUUCAUUGGCCUCAGCCCUCUGCCCCGAUCUGUUAUGCUUUAUCUUCUUCAGCCUCAGCCCUCGGCUUUGCUCUGUUAUUCUUUUUCCUCCCUCACUCCCUUGCUCUCUGUUAUCCACUGUUCUUCGGCCUCUGCCAUCAGUCCUGCACUGUUAUCCACUAUUCAUUGGCCUCAGCCCUCUGCCCCGAUCUGUUAUACUGUCUUCUUGGCCCCUCAGCCCUCCGGCUAUUUUUCAGCCCUCUGUUAUUCUUUCUUCCUCAGCACUCCUGUUAUUCCUUGCACUCUGUUAUCCACUGUUCUUCGGCCUCUGCCAUCAGUCCUGCACUGUUAUCCACUAUUCAUUGGGCCUCUGCCCCGAUCUGUUAUGUAUCUUCUUCAGCCCAGCCCUCCGCUCUGCUCUGUUCCCCUCCGGCCUGCUCUCCCUCUGCUUUGCUCUGUUAUUCUUUCUUCUCAGCACUCCGCCUUGCUCUGUUAUCCACUGUUCUUCGGCCUCUGCCAUCAGUCCUGCACUGUUAUCCACUAUUCAUUGGCCUCAGCCCUCUGCCCCGUCUGUUAUGCUGUCUCCCCGCCUCCUCAAACCUCGGCUUUCUACUCUGUUCUUUCUUCCUCAGCACUCCACCUUCUAUUGUCCCUGUUCUUCAGCCUCUGCCAUCACACUGUUAUCCACUAUUCAUUGGCCUCAGCCCUCUGCCCCCGUCUGUUGUGCUAUCUUCUUCAGCCUCAGCCCUCGGCUUUGCUCUGGCCUUCUUUCUUCCUCAGCCUCCGCCUUGCUCUGUUAUCCACUGUUCUUCAGCCUCUGCCAUCAGUCACCACUGUUAUCCACUGUUCAUUGGCCUCCAGCCCUGCUGCCCCGUCUGUUAUGCUAUCUUCUUCAGCCUCCAGCCCUCCCGCUUUGCUCUGUUAUUCUUUUCUUCCUCAGCACUCCCACCUUGCUCUGUUAUCCACUGUUCUUCGGCCUCUGCCAUCAGUCCUGCACUGUCCACUAUUCAUUGGCCUCAGCCCUCUGCCCCAAUCUGUUAUGCUAUCUUCUUCAGCCUCAGCCUCUUGCUCUAUUAUUCUUUCUUCCUCAGCACUCCACCUUGCUCUGUUAUCCAUCCGUUCUUCGGCCUCUGCCCAUCAGUCCUGCUGUUAUCCCAUUCAUUGGCCUCCAAGCCUCUGCCCCGAUCUGUUAUUAUCUUCUUGCCUCAGCCCUCAGCUCCUCUUCCCCCGCACUCCAUACCUCUGUUAUCCUGUUCUUCUUCUUCAGUCCUGCACUGUUAUCCCCUAUUCCGCUCUACUCUGUUAUGCUAUCUUCUUCCUCAGCCUCCUGCUCUGUUAUUCUCUUUCUUCCUCAGUUACUCCACUUGUUCUUCGGCCUCUGUAUCAGUCCUGCACUGUUAUCCACUAUUAUUCAUUGGCCUCCAGCCCUCUGCCCCGAUCUGUUAUGCUAUCUUCUUCAGCCUCAGCCCUCGGCUUUCUCUAUUAUUCUUUCUUCCUCAACACUCCGCCUUGCUCUGUUAUCCCACUGUUCUUCCUUCCUCACCAUCAGUCCCACCACUGUUAUCCCACUAUUCAUAGCCUCCUUCCCUCUGCCCCAAUCUUUUAUACUAUCUUCUUCAACCUCAGCCCCUCGCUUUGUCUGUUAUUCUUUCUUCCUCAACACUCCCGCCUUGCUCUGUUAUCCACUGUUCUUCGGCCUCUGCCAUCAGUCACCACUGUUAUCCACUAUUCAUUGGCCUCUGCCCUCUGCCCCUGUUAUCUAUCUUCUUCCUUCCUCAGCCCUCCUUUGCUCUGUUAUUCUUUUCUUCUCAACACUCCCACCUAUCCCUGUUCUUCCUCUGCCAUCAGUCCUGCACUGUUAUCCACUAUUCAUUGGCCUCAGCCCUCUGCCCCCUCUGUUAUUCUCUUCUUCAGCCUCAACCCUCUGCUUUGCUCAUUCUUUCUUCCUCAGCACUCCACUUGCUCUGUUAUCCACUGUUCUUCGGCCUCUGCCAUCAGUCCCACUGUUAUCCACUAUUCAGCCCUCUAGCCUCAUGCCUCUGCCCCGCUCUGUUAUUCUUUCUUCUGUUAUGUUAUCCACUGUUCUUUAUCUUCUUCAUCCCUCAUUAGCCUCUUCCCUUUCUCUGUUAUUCUUUCUUCCUCAGCCCUCGCUUUGCUCAUUCUUUCCGCCUUGCUCUGUUAUCCACUGUUCUUCGGCCUCUGCCAUCAGUCCCUGCACUGUUAUCCACUAUUCAUUGGCCUCAGCCCCUCUCCACCCCGUCUGUUAUGCUGUCUUCUUCAGCCCUCAGCCCUCUGGCUUUGCUCUGUUAUUCUUUCUUCCUCAGGCUCCUCCACCUUGCUCUGUGCAUCCCUGUUCUUGGCCUCUGCCAUCAGUCCUGCACUGUUAUCCACUAUUCAUUGGCCUCAACCCUCUGCCCUGUUCUGUUAUCCUCUUCUUCAGCCUCAACCCUCCGCUUUCCUCUGUUAUUCUUUCUUCCUCAGCACUCCCCUUGCUCUGUUAUCCACUGUUCUUCUGCCUCUGCCAUCAGUCCUGCACUGUUAUCCACUAUUCAUUGGCCUCAGCCUCUGCCCCAUCUGUUAUACUGUCUUCUUCAACCUGCCCCUUUGCUCUGUUAUUCUUUUCUUCUUCAGCACUCCGCCUUGCUCUGUUUCCACUGUUCUUCCGGCCUCUGCCAUCUUCUUCCACCUAUUGUGGCCUCAACCUCUGUCUGUUAUCUGUCUUUCUUCUUCAGCCUCAACCUCCACUCUACUCUGUUAUUCUUUUCUUCCUCAGCACUCCGCCUUGCUCUGUUAUCCACUGUUCUUCGGCCUCCAUCAGUCCUGUAUCCACUAUUCUUCAGCCUCAGCCCCUCUGCCCCCUCUGUUAUACUUUCUUCUUCAGCCUCAGCCCCUCUGCUUUGCUCUGUUAUUCUUUCUUCCUCCACUCCCGCCUUGCUCUGUUCAGCCUGUUCUUGCCUCUGCCAUCAGUCCUACACUGUUAUCCCACUAUUCAUUGGCCUCUUCCCUCUGCCCCCGAUCUGUUAUGCUAUCUUCUUCAGCCUCAACCCUCCCGCUUUGCUCUGUUAUUCUUUCUUCCUCAGCACUCCGCCUUGCUCUGUUAUCCACUGUUCUUCGGCCUCUGCCAUCAGUCCUGCACUGUUAUCCACUAUUCAUUGGCCUCCUUGACCUCUGCCCCGAUCUGUUAUGCUAUCUUCUUCAGCCUCAGCCCUCUGCUUUGCUCUGUUAUUCUUUCUUCCUCAGCACUCCGCCUUGCUCUGUUAUCCACUGUUCUUCGGCCUCUGCCAUCAGUCCUGCCUUGUUAUCCACUAUUCAUUGGCUCCCAACCCUCUGCCCCGAUCUGUUGUGCUAUCUUCUUCAGCCCUCAGCCUCGCUUUCCUCUGUUAUUCUUUCUUCCUCAGCACCUCCUUGCUCUGUUAUCCACUGUUCUUCGGCCUCUGCCAUCAGUCCUGCACUGUUAUCCACUAUUCAUUGGCCUCAGCCCUCUCCCCGAUUCUGUUAUGCUAUCUUCUUCAGCCUCAGCCCUCUGCUUUGCUCUGUUAUUCUUUCUUCCUCAGCACUCUGCCUUGCUCUGUUAUCCACUGUUCUUCGGCCUCUGCCAUCAGUCCUGCACUGUUAUCCACUAUUCAUUGGCCUCAGCCCUCUGCCCCGAUCUGUUAUACUAUCUUCUUCAGCCUCAGCCCUCGGCUUUGCUCUGUUAUUCUUUCUUCCUCAGCACUCCCCUUGCUCUGUUAUCCACUGUUCUUCGGCCUCUGCCAUCAGUCCUGCACUGUUAUCCACUCAUUCAUUGGCCUCAGCCUCUGCCCCGAUCUGUUAUGCUAUCUUCUUCAGCCUCAGCCCUCUGCUUUGCUCUGUUAUUCUUUCUUCCUCAGCACUCCGCCUUGCUCUGUUAUCCACUGUUCUUCGGCCUCUGCCAUCAGUCCUGCACUGUUAUCCCUAUUCAUUGGCCUCAGCCCUCUGCCCUGAUCUGUUAUGCUAUCUUCUUCAGCCUCAGACCUCUGCUUUGCUCUGUUAUUCUUUCUUCCUCAGCACUCCGCCUUUCUGUUAUCCACUGUUCUGGCCUCUGCCAUCAGUCCUGCACUGUUAUCCACUAUUCAUUGGCCUCAGCCUCUGCCCCUGAUCUGUUAUUCUUUCUUCUUCAGCCUCACCCCUCCGCUUUGCUCUGUUAUUCUUUCUUCCUCAGCACUCCUUGUUUCUGUUAUCCACUGUUCUUCGGCCUCUGCCAUCAGUCCUGCACUGUUAUCCACUAUUCAUUGGCCUCAACCCUCUGCCCCGAUCUGUUAUCUCUUCUUCAGCCUCAGCCCUCGGCUUUGCUCUGUUAUUCUUUUCUUCCUCAGCACUCUGCCUUGCUCUGUUAUCCACUGUUCUUCGGCCUCUGCCAUCAGUCCUGCACUGUUAUCCACUAUUCAUUGGCCUCAGCCCCUCUGCCCCUGGAUCUGUUAUACUAUCUUCUUCAGCCUCAGCCCUCUGCUUUGCUCUGUUAUUCUUUCUUCCUCAGCACUCCACCUCCUCUGUUAUCACUGUUCUUCUGCCUCUGCCAUCAGUCCCUAACUGUUAUCCACUAUUCAUUGGCCUCAGCCCUCUGCCCCGAUCUGUUAUGUUAUCUUCUUCAGCCUCAGCCUCAGCUUUGCUCUGUUAUUUUCUUCCUCUCAGCACUCUGCCUUGCUCUGUUAUCCACUGUUCUUCGCCUCUGCCAUCAGUCUGUACUGUUAUCCACUAUUCAUUGGCCUCAGCCCUCUGCCCCGAUCUGUUAUCUUCUUCAGCCUCAGCCCUCGGCUUUGCUCUGUUAUUCUUUCUUCCUCAGCCUCCCGCCUUGCUCUGUUAUCCACUGUUCUUCGGCCUCUGCCAUCAGUCCUGCACUGUUAUCCACUAUUCAUUGGCCUCAGCCCUCUGCCCCAUCUGUUAUUAUCUUCUUCAGCCUCAGCCCUCGGCUUUCCUCUGUUAUUCUUUCUUCCUCAGCACUCCGCCUUGCUCUGUUAUCCACUGUUCUUCGGCCUCUGCCAUCAGUCCUGCACUGUUAUCCUCCUAUUCAUUGGCCUCAGCCCUCUGCCCCGAUCUGUUAUGCUUCUUCUUCCGCCCCUCAGACCUCCGCUUUGCUCUGUUAUUCUUUUCUUCCUCAGCACUCCGCCUUGCUCUGUUAUCCACUGUUCUUCGGCCUCUGCCAUCAGUCCUGCACUGUUAUCCACUAUUCAUUGGCCUCAGCCCUCUGCCCCGAUCUGUUAUGCUUCUUCUUCAGCCUCAGCCCUCGGCUUUGCUCUGUUAUUCUUUCUUCCUCAGCACUCCGCCUUGCUCUGUUAUCCACUGUUCUUUCGGCCUCUGCCAUCACCUCAACCCUUUGGCUUUGCUCUGUUAUUCUUUUCUUCUCAGCACUCCUGCCUUGCUCUGUUAUCCACUGUUCUUCUGCCUCUGCCAUCAGUCCUGCACUGUUAUCCACUAUUCAUUGGCCUCAGCCCCUCUGCCCUGAUCUGUUAUGCCUAUCCUUCUUCAGCCUCAGCCCCUCGGCUUUGCUCUGUUAUUCUUUCUUCCUCAGCACUCACGCCUUGCUCUCCUCAGCCCUCCGCUCGCUGUUAUUCUUUCUUCUCAGCACUCCUGUUAUCCACUGCUCUUUCCGUUCUUCCCUCAGUCACUGCACUGUUAUCCACCUUGGCCUCUGUUAUCCACUGUUCUUCAGGCCUCGGCUUUGCCUGUUAUUCUUUCUUCCUGCACUGUUAUCCACUAUCUUCGGCCUCUGCCAUCAGUCCCCCCUAUUCAUUGGCCCUGCCCCGAUCUGUUAUGUUAUCUUCUUCAGCCUCAGCCUCAGCUUUCCUCUGUUAUUCUUUCUUCCCUCAGCACUCCGCCUUGCUCUGUUAUCCACUGUUCUUCGGCCUCUGCCAUCAGUCCUGCACUGUUAUCCACUAUUCAUUGGCCUCAGCCCUCUGCCCCUCGAUCUGUUAUGCUAUCUUCUUCAGCCUCAGCCCUCUGCUUUGCUCUGUUAUUCUUUCUUCCUCAACACUCCCGCCUUGCUCUGUUAUCCACUGUUCUUCUGCCUCUGCCAUCAGUCCUGUACUGUUAUCCACUAUUCAUUGGCCUCAGCCUCUGCCCCGAUCUGUUAUGCUUCUUCUUCAGCCUCAGCCCUGGCUUUCCUCUGUUAUUCUUUCUUCCUCAGCACUCCGCCUUGCUCUGUUAUCCACUGUUCUUCGGCCUCUGCCAUCAGUCCUGCACUGUUAUCCACUAUUCAUUGGCCUCAGCCCUCUGCCCCUGAUCUGUUGGUGCUGUCUUCUUCAGCCUCAGCCUCUGUUUUGCUCUGUUAUUCUUUCUUCCUCAGCACUCCGCCUUGCUCUCCUCAGCCCUCGGCUUUCCUCAUAUUCUUUUCUUCCUCAGCACCUGCCUUGCUCUGUUAUCCAUCGUUCUUCGGCCUCUGCCAUCAGUCCUGCACUGUUAUCCACUAUUCAUUGGCCCCAGCCCUCUGCCCUGAUCUGUUAUGCUAUCUUCUUUCAGCCCCAGUCCUCGGCUUUACUCUGUUAUUCUUUUCUUCCCCUCAGUACCCGCCUUGCUCUGUUAUCCACUGUUCUUCGGCCUCUGCCAUCAGUCCUGCACUGUUAUCCAUCAUUCAUUGGCCUCAGCCCUCUGCCCCUGAUCUGUUAUGCUAUCUUCUUCAGCCUCAGCCCUCGGCUUUGCUCUGUUAUUCUUUCUUCCUCAGCACUCCUGCCUUGCUCUGUUAUCCACUGUUUCUUCGGCCUCUGCCAUCAGUCCUGCACUGUUAUCCACUAUUCAUUGGCCUCAGCCCUCUGCCCCUGAUCUGUUAUGCUAUCUUCUUCAGCCUCAGCCCUCGGCUUUGCUCUGUUAUUCUUUCUUCCUCAGCACUCCGCCUUGCUCUGUUAUCCACUGUUCUUCGGCCUCUGCCAUCAGUCCUGCACUCCUCAGCCCUCGGCUUUCCUCUGUUAUUCUUUCUUCCUCAGCACUCCGCCUUGCUCUGUUAUCCACUGUUCUUCGGCCUCUGCCAUCAGUCCCUGCACUGUUAUCCAUCAUUCAUUGGCCUCCAGCCCUCUGCCCCGAUCUGUUAUGCAUCUUCAGGCCUCUGUAACCUCGGCUCUACCUGUUAUUCUUUCUUCCUCAACCUCCGCCUUGCUCUGUUAUCCACUGUUCUUCGGCCUCUGCCAUCAGUCCUGCACUGUUAUCCACUAUUCAUUAGCCUCCUCCCUCUGCCCCGAUCUGUUAUGCUAUCUUCUUCAACCUCCCCUCGGCUUUGCUCUGUUAUUCUUUCUUCCUCAGCACUCCGCUUUGCUCUGUUAUCCACUGUUCUUCGGCCUCUGCCAUCCAGUCCUCACUGUUAUCCACUAUUCAUUGGCCUCAGCCUCUGCCCUGAUCUGUUAUACUAUCUUCUUCAGCCUCCCAGCCCUCCGCCUUUGCUCUGUUAUUCUUUCUUCCUCAGCACUCCGCCUUGCUCUGUAUCCACUGUUCUUCGGCCUCUGCCAUCAGUCCUGCUUUUAUCCACUUUAUUCAUUGGCCUCAGCCCUCUGCCCUGGAUCUGUUAUGCUAUCUUCUUCAGCCUCAGCCCUCGGCUUUGCUCUGUUAUUCUUUCUUCCUCAGCACUCCGCCUUGCUCUAUUUAUCCACAUUUCUUCGGCCUCUGCCAUCAGUCCUGCACUGUUAUCCACUAUUCAUUGGCCUCAGCCCUCUACCCCCUGGAUCUGUUAUGCUAUCUUCUUUUUCAGACCUCAGCCUCUGUUAUCGUUUUCGGCUCUGUUAUUCUUUCUUCCCUCUGCCCCUGAUCACUCCCGCCUUGCUCUGUUAUCCACUGUUCUUCCACCUCUGCCAUCAGUCCUGCACUGUUAUCCACUAUUCAUUGCCCCAGCCCUCUGCCCUGAUCUGUUAUGCUAUCUUCUUCAGCCCUCAGACCUCCUCCUCUACUCUCUAUUCUUUCUUUCUUUCAGCACUCUGCCUUGCUCUGUUAUCCACUGUUCUUCGGCCUCUGCCAUCAGUCCUGCACUAUCCACUAUUCAUUGGCUCCAGCCCUCUGCCCUGAUCUGUUUCUUCUUCCCAGCCUCAGCCCUCGGCUUUGCUCAGUUAUUUCAGCCUCAGCCUCGGCUUUAUCCACUGUUCUUUUCGGCCUCUGCAUCAGUCUUGCACUCCUCUGUUAUCCCCCUUCUGUCAGUCUUCUUCUUCAUUGGCCUCAGACCUCUGCUUCUACUCUGUUAUUCUUUCUUCCUCAGCACUCCGCCUUGCUCUGUUAUCCACUGUUCUUUCGCCUCUGCCAUCAGUCCUGCACUGUUAUCCACUAUUCAUUGGCCCCAACCCUCUGCCCUGAUCUGUUAUGCUAUCUUCUUCAGCCUCAGCCUCGGCUUUUACUCUGUUAUUCUUUCUUCCUCAGCACCUGGGCCUUGCUCUGUUAUCCACUGUUCUUCGGCCUCUGCCAUCAGUCCUGCACUGUUAUCCACUAUUCAUUGGCCUCAGCCCUCUGCCCCUGAUCUGUUAUGCUAUCUUUCUUCAGCCUUCAGACCCUGCCUUUACUCUGUUAUUCUUUCUUCCUCAGCACUCCCCGCCUUGCUCUGUUAUCCACUGUUCUUCGGCCUCUGCCAUCAGUCCUGCACUGUUAUCCACUAUUCAUUGGCCCCAGCCUCUGCCCUGGAUCUGUUUGCUAUCUUCUUCAGCCUCAGCCCUCCCAGCUUUCCCCAUUAUUCUUUCUUCCUCAGCACUCCCUUGCUCUGUUAUCCACUGUUCUUCGGCCUCUGCCAUCAGUCCUGCACUGUUAUCCUACUAUUCAUUGGCCUCAGCCCUCUGCCCUGGAUUCUGUUAUGUUAUCUUCUUCAGCCUUCCAGCCUCAGCCCUCGGCUUUGCUCUGUUAUUCUUUCUUCCUCAGCACUCCCUGCUCUGUUAUCCACUGUUCCGGCCUCUGCCAUCAGUCCUGCACUGUUAUCCACUAUUCAUUGGCCUCAGCCCUCUAGCCUCUAUCUUCUUCCCUCUGCCCCUGCUUUGUCUGUUAUGCAUUCUUCUUCAGCCUCAGCCCUGCCCCUGCUCUGUUAUUCUUUUUCUCCUCUCCACGAUUUUUUGCAUCUGUUAUCCACUGUUUCUUUUAGCCUCUGCCAUCAGUCCAUCCACUGUUAUCCACUAUUAUUCUUCCUUCUUCCUCAGCCCUCUGCCCCUUAUUCUAUCUUUUCCAACUCUGUUCUUCUGUUAUUCCUUCUGAGCCAUAGAGUCCUGGAAGACUGUUAUCCACUAUUCAUUGGCCUCUUACCCUCUGCCCUUGUUAUUCUUUCUCUUAUACUAUCUUCUGCCAUCUUCUUCCUGCCUCUGCUCAGUCCCCUCUGUUAUCCUUUUCCCCACUCCGCUUGCUCUGUUAUCCUCCCUCAUCGCAGAAUUUGUCUUGCUCUGUUAUCCACUUUUGUUCUUCGGCCUCUUCCAUCAGUCCUGCACUGUUAUCCACUAUUCAGUUCUUGCCUCUGCCCUCUUGCCCCCAGCCAUCUGUUAUACUAUCUUUCUUCAGCCUCAGGCCCUCUUUUACUCUGUUAUUCUUUCUUCCUCAGCACCCCACCUUGCUCUGUUAUCCACUGUUCUUCAGCCUCUGCCAUCAGUCCUGCACUGUUAUCCACUAUUCUUCAGCCUCAGCCCUCUGGUGGACCUCUGUUAUGCUUUCUUCUUCAGCCUCAGCCCUGCUUUGCUCUGUUAUUCUUUCUUCUCAGCACUCCGCCUUGCUCUGUUAUCAUCCCUGUUCUUCAGCCUCAGUCCCUGCUCUGUAUCCCUAUUCUGCCUCUGCCCCUGACCUGUCUGUUAUGCUAUCUUCUUCAGCCUCACCCCUCUACUUUCUCUGUUAUUCUUUCAUCAGUCCUGCUCUGUAUACUGUUCUUCGGCCUCUGCCAUCCGUCACCCCUGUUAUCCAUUCAUCUUUUAGCCUCAGCCCUCUGCCCAGUUCUGUUAUACUAUCUUUCUUCAGCCCCAGCCCUAAACAGCUUGUUAUCUGUAUUUAUUGCCUCAACCCUCCCCUGUCUGUUGUCCAUGUUCUUGGCCUCUGCCAUCUGUCCUGCUGUUAUCCUUUAUUCGUCAGCCUCCAGCCUCUGCUGGCGAUCUGUUAUUCAUUCUUCUUUAGCCUCAACCCUCUGCUUUCCAUAUUAUUUCUUUCUUCCUCAGCAGCCUUCUGCUCGGCUCUUACUUUCUUCUUCAGCCUCAGGCCUCUGCACUGUUCUGUUAUUCUUUCUUCCUCAGCCCUCCCACCUUGCUCUGUUAUCCAUUCUGUUCUUUCAGCCUCUGCCAUCAGUGUCCUGCACUGUUAUCCCACUAUUCAUUAGCCUCAACCCCUCUGCCCCGUCCUGUUAUCUGUCUUCUUCGCCUCAACCCUCGCUUUACUCUGUUAUUCUUUCUUCUCAGCACUCACUCCCACCUUUCCCGGCUCAGUCCUGUUAUCCACUAUUCAUUGGCCUCAGCCUCUGCCAUCUGUCUUCUUCAUCAGCCCUCAGCUUUUCCUCUUUAUUCUUUCUUCCUCAGCACCCUCUCUACCCCGUUCUGCCUUGCCAUCAGUCCUGCACUCUCCACUAUUCCGUAGCCUCAGCCUCUCUGAUCUUUCAACCCUCUGUUUUCCUCUUUAUUCUUUCUUCACCAACCCCUCCGCCUUGCUCUGUAUCCCCUGUUCUUCCCGGCCUCUGCCAUCAGUCCUGCACUGUUAUCCACUAUUCAUUGGCCUCAGCCCUCUGCCCCCUCAUGCUAUCUUCUUCAGCCUCAGCCCCUUUGCUCUGUUAUUCUUUCUUCCUUCCUUAUUGCUCUGUUAUCCACUGUUCUGGCCUCUGCCUUUACUCUGUAUUCUUAUUCAUUGGCCUCUGCCCUCUGCCCCGUCUGUUAUGCUAUCUUCUUCAGCCUCAGCCCUCUGCUUUGCUCUGUUAUUCUUUCUUCCUCAGCACUCACCUUGCUCUGUAUCCUCCUCAGCCCCUCAGCUUUGCUCUUUUAUUCUUUCUUCCUCUUGCUCACCUCCCGCCUUGCUCUGUUAUCCACUGUUCUUCGCCUCCAACCCUCUGCCCAAUCUGCCUAGCCUCCUGCCUGUAUUCUUUUCAGUCUGUUCUGCCCCCAUCUGUCCUGCACUGUUAUGCUAUUCGUGGCCUCAGCCCUGCCCCCUUUUCGUAUGCUCUUCUUCUUCCUCAGCCCUCCAGCUUUCUCUGGUAUUCUUUCUUCUGUCCCCUAUUCUUAUUUGUCUACUGUUCUGACAUCUUCUAUUUCAGCCUCAGCCCUCUGCCCCGAUCUGUUAUAUGCUCUUUUCAGCCUCAGCCCUGCUUUGCUCUGUUAUUCUUUCUUCCUCAACACUCCGCCUUGCUCUGUUAUCCACUGUUCUUCGGCCUCUGCCAUCAGUCUUGCACUGUUAUCCCUAUUCAUUGGCCUCAGCCCUCUGCCCCGUCUGUUAUCUUCUUAGCCUCAGCUUUUCUUCAGCCUCAGCCUCCCGCCUUACUCUGUGCUCCACUGUUCUUUCAGUCCUGCACUGUUAUCCACUAUUCAUUGGCCUCCCCUUGCCCCUCUGUUAUCUUCUUAGCCUCACUGUUCUUCAGCACUCUUGCCAUCCACUGUUCUUCGGCCUCUGCCAUCAGCACUGUUAUCCACUAUUCAUUGGCCUCAGCCCUCUGCCCCGAUCUGUUAUGCUACUCUUCUUUGGCCUCAGCCCUCAACUUUCCUCUGUUAUUUCUUUCUUCCUCAGCACUCCCGCCUUGCUCUGUUAUCCACUGUUCUUCGGCCCUCCUGCCAUCACCUCAGCCCUCGCUUUGCUCUGUUAUUCUUUCUUCCCUCAGCACUCGCCUUGCUCUGUUAUCCACUGUUCUUCACCAUCUCUCCACUAUUCAUUGGCCCAGUCCUGCCUCGUCUGUUAUCCACUAUUCUUCAUUAGCCUCAGCCCCUCACCCUGUUAUUCUUUCUCCUUAUAUCUUCUUCCUCUGCCAUCAGUCCCUCGCUCUUUCCUCUGUUAUUCUUUCUUCCUCCUCAACCCCACUUUGCUCUGUUCUUCCCACUGUUCUGUUCGGCCUCUGCCAUCAGUCCUGCACACUAUUAUCCACCCUCUUCAAUCUGGCCUCCAGCCCUCAGCCUCUGCUUGCUCUGUUAUUCUUUCUUCUUCAGCCUCAGCUCUGUUCCUCCACUGAUUACCCGGCCCCUCUGCCAUCUUUCUGUUAUUCUAUUCUGGCCUCAGGCCUCCGCUUAUAUAUCUUUAGCCUCUGCUUUUCCUCUUUUAUUCCUUUCUUCCUCAGCCUCCGCCUUGCUCUGUCAGUCCACUGUUCUUGGCCUCUGCCAUCAGUCCUCUGUUACCCCUGUUCAUUGGCUCUGCCCUCUAUGCUAUCUUCUUCCAGCCUCCAGCCCUCCUUUGCUCUAUUAUUCUUUUCUUCCUCCAGCACUCCGCCUUUGCUCUGUUAUCACUGUUCUUCGGCCUCUGCCAUCAGUCCUGCACUGUUAUCCACUAUUCAUUGGCCUCAGCCCCUCUGCCCCGUCUGUUAUGCUAUCUUCUUCAGCCUCAGCCCCUCGGCUUUCCUCUGUUAUUUUUCUUCCUCCAGCACUCCCCCUUGCUCUGUUAUCCACUGUUCUUCGGCCUCUGCCAUCAGUCCUGCACUGUUAUCCACUAUUCAUUGGCCUCUGCCCUCUGCCCCGAUCUGUUAUGCUAUCUUCUUCAGCCUCAGCCCUCCGCUUUUCUCUGUUAUUCUUUCUUCCUCAGCACUCCCGCCUUGCUCUGUUAUCCACUGUUCUUCGGCCUCUGCCAUCAGUCACUGUUAUCCACUAUUCAUUGGCCUCAGCCCUCUGCCCCAAUCUGUUAUGCUAUCUUCUUCAGCCUCAACCCUCAGCUUUCCUCUGUUAUUCUUUCUUCCUCAGCCUCCGCCUUGCUCUGUUAUCCACUGUUCUUCGGCCUCUGCCAUCAGUCCUACACUGUUAUCCACUAUUCAUUGGCCUCAGCCCUCUGCCCCCAUCUGUUAUGCCUCUUCUUCUUCAGCCCUCCAAACCUAUUAUUCUUUCUUCCUCAGCACUCCCCCUUGCUCUGUUAUUCUGUUCUUCGGCCUCUGCCAUCAGUCCUGCACUGUUAUCCCACUAUUCAUUGGCCUCAGCCCUCUGCCCCAUCUGUUUCUAUCUUCUUCAGCCUCAGCCCUCGCUUUGCUCUGUUAUUCUUUCUUCCUCAACCACUCCGCCUUGCUCUGUUAUCCACUGUUCUUCGGCCUCUGCCAUCAGUCCUGCACUGUUAUCCACUAUUCAUUGGCCUCAGCCCUCUGCCCCGAUCUGUUUGCUGUCUUCUUCAGCCUCAGACCUCUGCUCUGCUCUGUUAUUCUUUCUUCCUCAGCACUCCCUUGCUCUAUUAUCCACUGUUCUUCGGCCUCUGCCAUCAGUCCUGCACUGCCUUGCCCCCUGAUCUGUUAUGCUCAGCCCUCUGCCCCUUUCCUCUGUUAUUCUUUCUUCCUCAGCCUCAGCCCUCUGUUAGCUGUUUUGCUCUGUUAUUCUUUCUUCCCAUUCAUUGGCCUCAGCCCCUGCCUUGCUCUGUUAUCCACUGUUCUUCCGCCCUCUGCCACUGUUCUUCGCCUCAGCCUCCGGCUUUCCUCUGUUAUUCUUUCUUCCUCAGCACUCCGCCUUGCUCUGUUAUCCACUGUUCUUCGGCCUCUGCCAUCAGUCCUGCACUGUUAUCCACUAUUCAUUGGCCUCAGCCCUCUGCCCCGAUCUGUUAUACUAUCUUCUUCAGCCUCAGCCCUCUGCUUUGCUCUGUUAUUCUUUCUUCCUCAGCACUCCACCUUGCUCUGUUAUCCACUGUUCUUCGGCCUCUGCCAUCAGUCCUGCACUGUUAUCCACUAUUCAUUGGCCUCAACCCUCUGCCCUGAUCUGUUAUGCUAUCUUCUUCAGCCUCAGCCCUCCCACUUCCUCUGUUAUUCUUUCUUCCUCAGCACUCCGCCUUGCUCUGUUAUCCACUGUUCUUCGGCCUCUGCCAUCAGUCCUGCACUGUUAUCCACUAUUCAUUGGCCUCACUGUUCCCUCUGCCCCGAUCUGUUAUGCCUAUCUUCUUCAGCCUCAGCCUCUGCUUUGCUCUGUUAUUCUUUCUUCCUCAGCACUCCGCCUUGCUCUGUUAUCCACUGUUCUUCGGCCUCUGCCAUCAGUCCUGCACUGUUAUCCACUAUUCAUUGGCCUCAGCCCUCUGCCCCGAUCUGUUAUCUUCUUCAGCCUCAGCUCCGCUUUGCUCUGUUAUUCUUUCUUCCUCAGCUCCUGCCUUGCUCUGUUAUCCACUGUUCUUCGGCCUCUGCCAUCAGUCCUGCACUGUUAUCCACUAUUCAUUGGCCUCGCCCUCUGCCCCUGAUCUGUUAUACUAUCUUCUUCAGCCUCAGUCUCUUUGCUCUGUUAUUCUUUCUUCCUCAGCACUCCGCCAUCAGUUAUCCACUGUUCUUCGGCCUCUGCCAUCAGUCCUGCACUGUUAUCCAUUCAUUGGCCUCAGCCCUCUGCCCUGAUCUGUUAUGCUAUCUUCUUCAGCCUCAGCCCUCGCUUUGCUCUGUUAUUCUUUCUUCCUCAGCACUCCGCCUUGCUCUGUUAUCCACUGUUCUUUGGCCUCUGCCAUCAGUCCUGCACUGUUAUCCACUAUUCAUUGGCCUCAGCCUCUGCCCCGAUCUGUUAUGCUAUCUUCUUCAGCCUCAGCCUCAGCUUUGCUCUGUUAUUCUUUCUUCCUCCAGCACUCCGCCUUGCUCUGUUAUCCACUGUUCUUCGGCCUCUGCCAUCAGUCCUGCACUGUUAUCCACUAUUCAUUGGCCUCAGCCCUCUGCCCCGAUCUGUUAUGCUAUCUUCUUCAGCCUCAGCCCCUCAGCUUUGCUCUGUUAUUCUUUCUUCCUCAGCACUCCGCCUUGCUCUGUUAUCCACUGUUCUUCGGCCUCUGCCAUCAGUCCUGCACUGUUAUCCACUAUUCAUUGGCCUCAGCCUCUGCCCCGAUCUGUUAUUAUCUUCUUCAGCCUUCAGCCCCUCGCUUUGCUCUAUUAUUCUUCUUCAGCCUCCGCCUUGCCUGUUAUCCACUGUUCCAGCUUUCAGUCCUGCACUAUCCACUAUUCUUUCUUCCUCUGCCCUGAUCACUCUUCUUCAGCCUCAGCCUCCUUUCCUCUGUUAUUCUUUUCUUCCUCCACCUGCCUUGCUCUGUUCUUCGGCCUCUGCCAUCAGUCCUGCACUGUUAUCCACUAUUCAUUGGCCUCAGCCCUCUGCCCCGAUCUGUUAUGCUAUCUUCUUCAGCCUCAGCCUCGGCUUUGCUCUGUUAUUCUUUCUUCCUCAGCACUCCGCCUUGCUCUGUUAUCCACUGUUCUUCGGCCUCUGCCAUCAGUCCUGCACUGUUAUCCACUCAUUCAUUGGCCUCAGCCCUCUGCCCUGAUCUGUUAUGCUAUCUUCUUCAGCCUCAGACCUCCGCUUUACUCUGUUAUUCUUUCUUCCUCAGCCUCCGCCUUGCUCUGUUAUCCACUGUUCUUCGGCCUCUGCCAUCAGUCCUGCACUCCUCAGCCCUCUGCUUUGCUCUGUUAUUCUUUCUUCCUCAGCACUCCACCUUGCUCUGUUAUCCACUGUUCUUCGGCCUCUGCCAUCAGUCCUGCACUGUUAUCCAUUGGCCUAUUCAUUGGCCUCAGCCCUCUGCCCCGAUCUGUUGCUCUGGUAUAUCUUCUUCGGCCUCAUCCCCCUCAGCUUUGCUCUGUUAUUCUUUCUUCUCAGCCCUCCGCUUUGCUCUGUUAUCCAUCCUGUUCUUCGGCCUCUGCCAUCAGUCCUGCACUCCUCAGACCUCCGCUUUGCUCUGUUAUUCUUUCUUCUCAACCUCCCUUGCUCUGUUAUCCACUGUUCUUUGGCCUCUGCCAUCAGUCCUACACUGUUAUCCACUAUUCAUUGGCCUCAGCCCUCUGCCCAAAUCUGUUAUGCUAUCUUCUUCAGCCUCAGCCCUCGGCUUUGCUCUGUUAUUCUUUCUUCCUCAGCCUCCCGCCUUGCUCUGUUAUCCACUGUUCUUCGCCCCUCUGCCAUCAGUCCUGCACUGUUAUCCACUAUUCAUUGGCCUCAGCCCCUCUGCCCCGAUCUGUUAUGCUAUCUUCUUCAGCCUCAGACCUCCGCUCUACUCUGUUAUUCUUUCUUCCUCAGCACUCCGCCUUGCUCUGUUAUCCACUGUUCUUCGGCCUCUGCCAUCAGUCCUGCACUGUUAUCCACUAUUCAUUCAUUGCUAUCUUCUUCAGCCUCAGCCCUCGCUUUCCUGUUAUUUUUUCUUCCUCUGCCUUGCUCUGUUAUCCACUGUUCUUCGGCCUCUGCCAUCAGUCCUGCACUGUUAUCCACUAUUCAUUGGCCUCAGCCCAGCCCCUCGUGAUCUGUUUCUUCUCCUCGAACCUGCUCUAUUCUUUCUUCCUCCCACCUCCACCUUGCUCUGUUAUCCACUGUUCUUCGGCCUCUGCCAUCAGUCCUGCACUGUUAUCCACUAUUCAUUGGCCUCAACCCUCUGCCCCGAUCUGUUAUGCUAUCUUCUUCAGCCUCAGACCUCUGCUUUCCUCUGUUAUUCUUUCUUCCUCAGCCUCCGCCUUGCUCUGUUAUCCACUGUUCUUCGGCCUCUGCCAUCAGUCCUGCACUGUUAUCACAUUCAUUGGCCUCAGCCCUCUGCCCCGAUCUGUUAUGCUGUCUUCUUCAGCCUCAGCCCUCUGCUUUGCUCUGUUAUUCUUUCUUCCUCAGCACUCCCCCUUGCUCUGUUAUCCACUGUUCUUCAGGCCUCUGCCAUCAGUCCUGCACUGUUAUCCACUAUUCAUUGGCCUCAGCCCUCUGCCCCCCCAUCCUGUUAUGCUGUCUUCUUCAGCCUCAGACCUCGCUCUACUCUGUUAUUCUUUCUUCCUCACCACUCCCCUUGCUCUGUUAUCCACUGUUCUUCCGGCCUCUGCCAUCAGUCCUGCACUGUUAUCCACUAUUCAUUGGCCUCAGCCCUCUGCCCCCGAUCUGUUAUCUAUCUUCUUCAGCCUCAGCCCUCGGCUUUGCUCUGUUAUUCUUUUCUUCCUCAGCACUCCGCCUUGCUCUGUUAUCCACUGUUCUUCGGCCUCUGCCAUCAGUCCUGCACUGUUAUCCACUAUUCAUUGGCCUCAGCCCUCUGCCCCGAUCUGUUAUGCUAUCUUCUUCAGCCUCAGACCUCCGCUCUACUCUGUUAUUCUUUCUUCCUCAGCACUCCGCCUUGCUCUGUUAUCCACUGUUCUUCGGCCUCUGCCAUCAGUCCUGCACUGUUAUCCACUAUUCAUUGGCCUCAGCCCUCUGCCCCGAUCUGUUAUGCUAUCUUCUUCAGCCUCAGCCCUCGGCUUUCCUCUGUUAUUCUUUCUUCCUCAGCACUCCGCCUUGCUCUGUUAUCCACUGUUCUUCGGCCUCUGCCAUCAGUCCUGCACUGUUAUCCACUAUUCAUUGGCCUCAGCCCUCUGCCCCCUGUUAUGCUAUCUUCUCAGACCUCCGCUCUCUCUGUUAUUCUUUCUUCCUCAGCACUCCGGCCUUGCUCUGUUAUCCACUGUUCUUCGGCCUCUGCCAUCAGUCCCUGCACUAUUGUUAUCCACCUGUUAUACAUUCAUUGGCCUCAGCCCUCUGCCCCUGAUCUGUUCCGCACUGCUCUUCUUCCACUGUUCGGCCUCCCCUCAGCCCUCUCAGCCCUCUGCCCCUAAUGCUAUCUUCUUCAGCCUUCUUCCUCAUUAUUCUUUCUUCCUCUGCCUUUCUGUUUUCUUCCUCUGCCAUCAGUCCUCACUGUUAUCCACUAUUCAUUGGCCCUCGGCCUCUGCCCAUCUGUUAUGCUAUCUUCUUGCACAGCCCUAUCCACUCUGUUAUUCUUUCUUCCUCAGCCCUCUGCCUUGCUCUGAUCUGUUCUUCGGCCUGCCAUCAGUCCUUCUUUUUCUUCUUCAUUGGCCUCACCCCUCGAUCUGUUGCUAUCUCUGCCUUAUUCUUUUCUUCUUUCUUCCUCCCGCCUUGCUCUGUUAUCCACUGUUCUUCGGCCUCUGCCAUCAGUCCUGCACUGUUAUCCACUAUUCAUUGGCCUCAGCCCUCUGCCCCGAUCUGUUAUGCUAUCUUCUUCAGCCUCAGCCCUCAGCUUUGCUCUGUUAUUCUUUCUUCCUCAGCACUCCGCCUUGCUCUGUUAUCCACUGUUCUUCGGCCUCUGCCAUCAGUCCUGCACUGUUAUCCACUAUUCAUUGGCCUCAGCCCUCUGCCCCGAUCUGUUAUGCUAUCUUCUUCAGCCUCAGCCCUCAGCUUUGCUCUGUUAUUCUUUCUUCCUCAGCACUCCGCCUUGCUCUGUUAUCCACUGUUCUUCGGCCUCUGCCAUCAGUCCUGCACUGUUAUCCACUAUUCAUUGGCCUCAGCCUCUGCCCCGAUCUGUUAUGCCAGCCUCAGCCUUCCGCUUUGCUCUGUUAUUCUUUCUUCCUCAGCACUCCGCCUUGCUCUGUUAUCCACUGUUCUUCGGCCUCUGCCAUCAGUCCUGCACUGUUAUCCCUAUUCAUUAGCCUCAGCCCCUCUGCCCCGAUCUGUUAUGCUAUCUUCUUCAGCCUCAGCCCUCGGCUUUGCUCUGUUAUUCUUUCUUUCCUCAGCACUCCCCUUGCUCUGUUAUCCACUGUUCUUCGGCCUCUGCCAUCAGUCCUGCACUGUUAUCCACUAUUCAUUGGCCUCAGCCCUCUGCCCCGAUCUGUUAUGCUAUCUUCUUCAGCCUCAGACCUCCGCUCUACUCUGUUAUUCUUUCUUCCUCAGCACUCCGCCUUGCUCUGUUAUCCACUGUUCUUCGGCCUCUGCCAUCAGUCCUGCACUGUUAUCCACUAUUCAUUGAUGGCCUCAGCCCUCUGCCCCGAUCUGUUAUGCUAUCUUCUUCAGCCUCAGCCCUCGGCUUUGCUCUGUUAUUCUUUUCUUCCUCAGCCUCCGCUUUGCUCUGUUAUCCACUGUUCUUCGGCCUCUGCCAUCAGUCCUGCACUGUUAUCCACUAUUCAUUGGCCUCAGCCCUCUGCCCCGAUCUGUUAUGCUGCUCUUCUUCAGCCUCAGCCCUCCGCUCUACUCUGUUAUUCUUUCUUCCUCAGCACUCCGCCUUGCUCUGUUAUCCACUGUUCUUCGGCCUCUGCCAUCAGUCCUGCACUGUUAUCCACUAUUCAUUGGCCUCAGCCCUCUGCCCCCGAUCUGUUAUGCUGUCUUCUUCAGCCUCCAGCCUCGGCUUUCCUCUAUUAUUCUUUCUUCCUCAGCACUCCGCCUUGCUCUGUUAUCCACUGUUCUUCGGCCUCUGCCAUCAGUCCCCUACACUGUUAUCCACUAUUCAUUAGCUCAGCCUCUGCCCCGAUCUGUUAUACUAUCUUCUUCAGCCUCAGACCUCCCGCUUUGCUCUGUUAUUCUUUCUUCCUCAGCACUCCCGCCUUGCUCUAUUUAUCCACUGUUCUUCGACCCUCUGCCAUCAGUCCUACACUGUUAUCCACUAUUCAUUGGCCUCAGCCCCUCUUUGGAAAUCUGUUAUACUAUCUUCUUCAGCCUCAGCCCUCAGCUUUGCUCUGUUAUUCUUUCUUCCUCAGCACUCCGCCUUGCUCUGUUAUCCACUGUUCUUCGGCCUCUGCCAUCAGUCCUGCACUGUUAUCCACUAUUCAUUGGCCUCAGCCUCUGCCCCGAUCUCUGUUAUGCUAUCUUCUUCAGCCUCAGCCCUCAGCUUUGCUCUAUUAUUCUUUUCUUCAGCACUCCUUGCUCUGUUAUCCACUGUUCUUCAGCCUCUGCCAUCAGUCCUGCACUGUUAUCCACUAUUCAUUGGCCUCCAACCCCUCUGCCCUCUGUUAUGCUAUCUUCUUCAGCCUCCAGCCCUCAGCUUUGCUCUGUUAUUCUUUCUUCCUCCAGCACUCCGCCUUGCUCUAUUGUCCACUGUUCUUCGGCCUCCAUCAGUCCCUGCACUGCCCACUAUUCAUUGGCCUAGCCUCUGCCCCGAUCUGCUAUCUUCUUCAGCCUCAGCCCUCAGCUUUCCUCUAUUAUUCUUUCUUCCUCAGCACUCCGCCUUGCUCAUCCUGUUCUUCGGCCUGCUCCACUGUUCUAUUCGUGGCCUCUGCCCAUCUGUCUGUUAUGCUAUCUUCUCAGCCUCAGCCCUCAGCUUUCCUCUGUUAUUCUUUCUUCCCAAAGCACUAUUAUCCACUGUUCCUGCCAUCAGUCCCUGUUAUCCUAUUCAUUGGCCUCAGCCCUCUUCUUGCUAUCUUCUUCAGCCUCAGCCCUCAGCUUUGCUCUGUUAUUCUUUCUUCCUCAGCACUCCCCUUGCUCCUGUUAUCCACUGUUCUUCGCGCCUCUGCCAUCAGUCCUGCACUGUUAUCCACUAUUCAUUGGCCUCAACCCUCUGCCCCGAUCUGUUAUGCUAUCUUCUUCAGCCUCAGCCCCUCAGCUUUCCUCUGUUAUUUCUUUCUUCCUCAGCCUCCCUUGCUCUGUUAUCCCUGUUCUUCGGCCUCUGCCAGUCCUGCACAGUCCCUAUUCAUUGGCCUUAGCCCUCCAUCUAUUCAUCUUCUUCCAGCCUCGCCCUCAACUUUGCUCCUCUUCCUCCUGAUCUGUUAUCCACUGUUCUUCCGGCCUCUUCAGUUAUCCCUCAGCCCUCCCUCUGCCCCGCUUUUCUUCUGCCUCCCCUUUUUCUAUUUUCUUUCUUCUCAGCACUCCGCCUUGCUCUGUUAUCCACUGUUCUUCGGCCUCUGCCAUCAGUCCUGCACUGUUAUCCACUAUUCAUUGGCCUCAGCCCUCUGCCCCGAUCUGUUAUGCUAUCUUCUUCAACCUCAGCCCUCAGCUUUGCUCUGUUAUUCUUUCUUCCUCAGCACUCUGCCUUGCUCUGUUAUCCACUCCUCAGCCCUUCUUCUUUCUUCAGCCUCAACUGUUCUUCGGCCCUCGGCUUUCUCUGUUAUUCUUUCUUCAGCCUCAGCCCUCUGCUUUCCUCUGUUAUUCUUUCUUCCUCAGCCUCCGUCUCUGUUAUCCACUGUUCUUCGGCCUCUGCCAUCAGUCCUGCACUGUUAUCCACUAUUCAUUGGCCUCAGCCCUCUGCCCCGAUCUGUUGUUGUACUAUCUUCUUCAGCCUCAGCCCCUCAGCUUUCCUCUUUUAUUCUUUCUUCCUCAGCACUCAGCCUCUGUUAUCCACUGUUCUUCGGCCUCUGCCAUCAGUCCUGCACUGUUAUCCACUAUUCAUUGGCCUCAGCCCUCUGCCCUGAUCUGUUAUGCUAUCUUCUUCAGCCUCAGCCUCUGCUUUACUCUGUUAUUCUUUCUUCCUCAACUCCCGCCUUGCUCUGGCCUCCACUGUUCUUCGGCCUCUGCCAUCAGUCCUGCACUGUUAUCCACUAUUCAUUGGCCUCAGCCUCUGCCCCGAUCUGUUAUGCUAUCUUCUUCAGCCUCAGCCCUCCACUUUCCUCUGUUAUUCUUUCUUCCUCAGCACUCCGCCUUGCUCUGUUAUCCACUGUUCUUCGGCCUCUGCCAUCAGUCCUGCACUGUAUCCACUAUUCAUUGGCCUCAGCCCUCUGCCCCGAUCUGUUAUGCUAUCUUCUUCAGCCUCAGCCCUCAGCUUUUUCCUCUGCUCUGGUAUUCUUUCUUCCAUCAGUCACCACUCCGCCUCAACCCUUGCUCUGUUAUCCAGCCUGUUCUUCGGCCUCUGCUCCAUCAGUCGGCCCUGCACUGUUAUCCACUAUUCAUUGGCCUCAGCCUCUGCCCCCGAUCUGUUGCUGCUCUUCUUCAGCCUCAGCCCUCAGCUUUCCUCUGUUAUUCUUUCUUCCUCAGCACUCCGCCUUGCUCUGUUAUCCACUGUUCUUCGCCUCUGCCAUCAGUCCUGCACUGUUAUCCACUAUUCAUUGGCCUCAGCCCUCUGCCCCGAUCUGUUUAUGCUAUCUUCUUCAGCCUCAGCCCUCAGCUUUCCUCUAUUAUUCUUUCUUCCUCAGCACUCCUUGCUCUGUUAUCCACUGUUCUUCGGCCUCUGCCAUCAGUCCUGCACUGUUAUCCACUAUUCAUUGGCCUCAGCCCUCUGCCCCGUCUGUUAUACUCUUCUUCAGCCUCAGCCUCGGCUUUGCUCUGUUAUUCUUUCUUCCUCAGCCUCCGCCUUGCUCUGUUAUCCACUGUUCUUCGGCCUCUGCCAUCAGUCCUGCACUGUUAUCCACUAUUCAUUGGCCUCAGCCCUCUGCCCCGAUCUGUUAUGCUAUCUUCUUCAGCCUCAGCCCUCAGCUUUCUCUGUUAUUCUUUCUUCCUCAGCACUCCCGCCCUUGCUCUGUUAUCCACUGUUCUUCGGCCUCUGCCAUCAGUCCUGCACUGUUAUCCACUAUUCAUUGGCCUCAGCCCUCUGCCCCUGAUCUGUUAUGCUAUCUUCUUCAGCCUCAGACCUCGCUUUGCUCUGUUAUUCUUUCUUCCUCAGCACUCCGCCUUGCUCUGUUAUCCACUGUUCUUCGGCCUCUGCCAUCAGUCCCUGCACUGUUAUCCACCAUUCAUUGGCCUCAGCCUCUGCCCCUGAUCUGCCUGCUAUCUUCUUCAGCCUCAGCCCUUGCUUUCCUCUGUUAUUCUUUUCUUCCUCAGCCUCCGCCUUUGCUCUGUUAUCCACUGUUCUUCGGCCUCUGCCAUCAGUCCUACACUGUUAUCCACUAUUCAUUGGCCUCCAGCCCUCUGCCCCGAUCUGUUAUGCUAUCUUCUUCAGCCUCAGCCCUCGGCUUUCCUCUGUUAUUCUUUCUUCCUCAGCACUCCGCCUUGCUCUGUUAUCCACUGUUCUUCGGCCUCUGCCAUCAGUCCUGCACUGUUAUCCACUAUUCAUUGGCCUCUGCCCUCUGCCCCGAUCUGUUAUGCUAUCUUCUUCAGCCUCAGCCCUCGGCUUUCCUCUGUUAUUCUUUCUUCCUCAGCACUCCGCCUUGCUCUGUUAUCCACUGUUCUUCGGCCUCUGCCAUCAGUCCUGCACUGUUAUCCACUAUUCAUUGGCCUCAGCCCUCUGCCCCGAUCUGUUAUGCUAUCUUCUUCAGCCUCAGCCCCUCAGCUUUGCUCUGUUAUUCUUUCUUCCUCAGCACUCCGCCUUGCUCUGUUAUCCACUGUUCUUCGGCCUCUGCCAUCAGUCCUGCACUGUUAUCCACUAUUCAUUGGCCUCAGCCCUCUGCCCCGAUCUGUUAUGCUAUCUUCUUCAGCCUCAACCCUCAGCUUUACUCUGUUAUUCUUUCUUCCUCAGCACUCCCGCCUUGCUCUGUUAUCCACUGUUCUUCGGCCUCUGCCAUCAGUCCUUCACUGUUAUCCACUAUUCAUUGCCUCUCUCAGCCUCUGUUAUUCUUUCCCUCAGAUCUGUUGCUCUGUUAUCUUCUUCAGCCUCUCAGCCCUCAUUGGCCUUUCCUCUGUUAUUCUUUCUUCCUCAGCAACUCUCUGUGUCUUUCUUUGCUCUGCCUCUUAUCCACUGUUCUUCGGCCUCUGCCAUCAGUCCUGCACUGUUAUCCACUAUUCAUUGGCCUCAGCCCCUCUGCCCCGAUCUGUUAUGCUAUCUUCUUCAGCCUCAGCCCUCGGCUUUGCUCUGUUAUUCUUUCUUCCUCAGCACUCCCGCCUUGCUCUGUUAUCCACUGUUCUUCGGCCUCUGCCAUCAGUCCUGCACUUCUUCUUCUUCAGCCUCAGCCCUCGCUGGCUUUCCUCUGUUAUUCUUUCUUCCUCAGCCUCCUGCCUUGCUCUGUUAUCCACUGUUCUUCGGCCUCUGCCAUCAGUCCUGCACUGUUAUCCACUAUUCAUUGGCCUCUGCCCUCUGCCCCGCUAUCUUCUUCAGCCUCAGCCCUCCUUUGCUCUAUUAUUCUUUCUUCCUCAACACUCCCGCCUUGCUCUGUUAUCCUGUUCUUCGGCCUCUGCCAUCAGUCCUGCACUGUUAUCCCUAUUCAUUGGGCCCCUCUGCCCCUCUGUUAUGCUGUCUUCUUCAGCCUCAGCCUCAGCUUUCCUCUGUUAUUCUUUCUUCCUCAGCACUCCGCCUUGCUCUGUUAUCCACUGUUCUUCGGCCUCUGCCAUCAGUCCUGCACUGUUAUCCACUAUUCAUUGGCCUCAGCCUCUGCCCCGAUCUGUUAUGCUAUCUUCUUUCAGCCUCAGCCCUCAGCUUUGCUCUGUUAUUCUUUCUUCCUCAGCACUCCGCCUUGCUCUGUUAUCCACUGUUCUUCGGCCUCUGCCAUCAGUCCUGCACUGUUAUCCACUAUUCAUUGGCCUCAGCCUCUGCCCCCGAUCUCGAUCAGCCUGUUUUGCUCUGUUAUUCUUUUUCUUCCUCAGCCUCCGCCCUCUGUUAUCCACUGUUCUUUCUCUGCCAUGUUAUUCUAUUCUUCAACCCCUGCCCCGUCUGUUAGCAGCCUCAGCCCUCGCUUUGCUCUGUCUUUCUUUACACUCCACUUAUCCCUCUCUAUUAUUCUUUUUCUUCCUCAGCACUCCCGCCUUGCUCUGUUGUCCUGUUCUUCGGCCUUCAGUCCCUCAGUUAUCCACUAUUCAUUAGCCUCAGCCCUCUGCCUCUCUGUUAUUCUGUCUUCUUCCUCAGCCUCCUUUCCUCAUUAUUCUUUCUUCCUCCGCCUUGCUCUGUUUAUCCACUGUUCUUCGGCCUCUGCCAUCAGUCCUGCACUGUUAUCCACUAUUCAUUGGCCUCAGCCCUCUGCCCGAUCUGUUAUACUAUCUUCUUCAGCCUCAGCCCUCAGCCCUCUGUUAUUCUUUCUUCCUCAGCCUCCGCCUUGCUCUGUUAUCCACUGUUCUUCGGCCUCUGCCAUCAGUCCUCUGUUAUCCACUAUUCAUUGGCCUCAGCCUCUGUCUUCUUCCCUCAGCCUCCUUUCCUCUUUAUGCUUUCUUCUUCAGCCUCAUCCCCUCGGCCAAUUAUUCAAAUUAGCCCCUCAGGGAUGGAAGUAUUGA